CCUCUCCUGUGGCUAUGGUCACAGCGGUUGAACAGAACAUGGUCGGCAUUCUUCGGCGUUUUCAUCUCCACUCCAUGGAUGCUGCAUUCAACGAGUUCAAUUCGCAGAACCCACUGACUCAUCUGCGUAAAUUUAACCCACAUCCAUUUCUGUUCAAAACCCACACUGACCUGGAGAGUACCGAACAGGUUAAAAGAUUUUCCGCCCCUUCGUCCACUUUACCCAUUAGUGACUCGAAACUGGUGCGACAAACACGCCGUCAUUCCCGCCUGAGUCAUGGGUACGAGCAUCCAUCGAGGUCCCCUCUGCAUCAUGUAGAACAAGAUUCACGAAUAUCAACUGUCUACUCGCCGGACAGACAUCGCUCGCCUUCGAUGGGCUCGAAUUUAUCAAAUCCCGGUGCAUUACAGCGCUCCUUAGACGAAGCUCCCCCAACACUGUACACUCCCACCCCUACAUAUGGGAAGCGCAGUGCUACGGGUCAUCAUGGAACGCCGAGUUUGCUCGAUCACCCGCCAACUUUGUCCAACCCUCGAACUCCCGCAUCCGGAAACCCACCUGUCACCAACUGGGAACACUCCAAAAUUGAACCCAUUUUAUCCACUACUGCCUCUCUUCUGGAGGGUAGAACACCAUUGUCCAGAAUUGCCCCCAUAAGUCAUCUGAAUAGUGAUCGUAUAAGGACCUCCUCGGGUAACUCCCAUGGUGAAACCCUUUCUGACGCAACAGAAUCAACAACUUCCAUGCCCAAUGUGUCAGCUGCUGCACAAACCCUAAUGGAAAACUCUCCAUAUCCAGUACCACCCACCAGUAUUGGUUGUCAGCUUCGACCCCGCUCAGGCACCAAAAUGAUUACCACCAGUUCAUCUUCCGUUGCGUCUAAACUCCUUCUUAGGUCAAAGCGAAGAGCUUUACCUUCUCCAUCUGUAGAGCUGUCUGCACGGCAUUUAUCCCCCAAGACAACCAGCAAGCCCCUCAAACGUCGGCGGUCCUUCGAUCAACUCACUGAACCCUCCAUUCAUGGUUCACCAGACCCAACUGGAGAACAUACUCAUCGAGAGAGGCGUCCAACCCAAUUCCUUCAAAUCCCCCCUUCCAGUCCCACCUCAUCCAUCCGUGUCCAGCGGCAAGGACCAACUUAUCUUCGGACUGCUAAUCCCUACUACCUACCAGAUUUCAGCAUUUUGUGCACUUCUUCCGGCACCCAUGAGCAAAUUCUCUAUGGCGAACGCCUUGUGGAGGAAGAUGAAGGCAAUUUGGAUGAUGAACACCAAUCCGUCACUUCACUGAUCGAAGUUCCUAGUUGGCGUAUCAAUCCUCUGAGCGCAGUCGUUCGUUCCCUCGAAGAUUCAAGAACCAGACAUCGUCAGAACACAAAUGAUUCCGCCGUUGAUCCACAUGAAAUGGAUGUAUCAAACUCUGAUCCGAUUGUCAAAACCCUCCGGACCGGUGUGAUUCGUAGCUCCGGUGUCCUUGAGCGACGUCCUCCCGAAAGGCUAUGUCCUCCCGAGGUCAGGUUAUCUGGAUCAUCAGUUCGCACCUCUGGGUGUUCCGUUGCGCCCUCCUCAUCCUCGGAAAUAUCAGACUUGGAAGACACGUCAGAUGCAGCUUACCAAGUUCGCCAUGCUCGUCUGGAAUUAGAGGAAAUUCGUCGGGAACGACGUUGCCGGCAGCGAACUUUUGAACAAGAAUUGAAACAACGUAUAGAACAGCGUGAUCGAGAGAGUUGGCGGAAACGACAACCAGGACGCUUGGAUCCCUUGGCCAAACUUAAUCCAGAAGACAGAAUGCCUUCUCACUUAAACUUGGCCUUUAACCAGAUUCAGCACUUCCGUGUUUGCGACACCAUCCCCGUGGUUGCUUUCGGGGCUUGCAUCCCAGCCUCCUCCUUUCCGAAAUCUUUCAAACACUAAAGGCUAGAGUCAAUUACAACAACGUUUACGUUCAUCCUUGUCCAAAUUGUUGGUCUGGCGUCUGUACAGUCCCUUGUUCGUUCCUCGCCACGCGUUUACCCCAUUGUAGAUUCAGAAACCCUUCCCUGGGUUUUUCAGUUCUUUCCCUUAAUGUACAUGAUCCAAUUUGACCCAACUUGUUGCUUUUUGUUGUAGCUCCUUUCGAACCAUCGUCUACCCUUCAUGUUGAUGAAGGGUUUUGUUUUGUUGUUUCUUCGAUUCAUUUUUCCUCUGCCUGGUUUUGAAAAAUGUACACAUAUCUCAUUGCCCUCCCGUAAUUUUUCAUGUUGUUGGUUCUUUCCUUCUCGGAUGGCCCCAUGUCCUGCAAUCACUGGGUGCCUGUCAGGCAUCCUCUUGUUUGCCCUUCAUGCACACUUUUGUUUGCCUAUAUUUAGCCUUCAGUCCGUUGUAUACAACCAG